GGGCCCCGUGACGCAGCACGGCCCCGCUUUUCUAUUGGCCGACGAAACUGUCAGUAACAUGUAGGCGGGUUCUCCGUGGAAGAUGGCUUCUAUGUCCGUAGGCGAGCCACAAGCAAUGGAAGUGGACAGGAAGGGCGAGUCGGAGGAGUCUGGAGAUGAUGAGGUUAAGCGAAGGAGCCUGAAUGGGGAGCUGGACCCCCAGCAGCCGCCCUUGUCAGAGAAGGAGGAGUCCCCAGUCGACAUGGACACCAUAACACUGGACCCAGAGGAAGAGGAUGUGGAUCUGGUUCACUGUCGUAUUGGGAAGAUUGAGGGUCUGGAGGUCUUACAGAAGGCAAAGACACUGUCGCUGAGACAGAACCUCAUUAAACGUAUUGAAAAUCUGGAUAGUCUGGUCUCUCUCCGAGAGCUGGACCUCUAUGAUAACCAGAUCCGGCGUCUGGAGAACUUGGAGACCCUGACCCAGCUGCAUGUUCUGGAUGUUUCCUUCAACAUUCUUCGUAAAGUGGAGGCUCUAGAUCGGCUCGCAGGCCUAAAGAAGCUCUUUCUACUGCACAACAAAAUAAGCCGUAUUGAAAAUUUGGACCAUCUGACCAACCUGGAGAUGCUAGAACUGGGCUCAAACCGUAUCCGGGUGAUUGAAAACCUGGACACUCUCUCCUCGCUGACCAGCCUGUUUCUGGGCACCAAUAAGAUCACUCAGCUGCAGAACCUUGAAGGAUUACAUAACCUGAGUGUCCUCAGUAUUCAGAGUAACCGCAUAACCAAAAUGGAAGGUUUGGGGAGCCUGGUGAACCUGAAGGAGCUCUACCUGAGUCAUAACGGCAUUGAGGUUCUUGAAGGCCUGGAAUCCAAUAAAAAGCUGACAACUCUGGACAUCGCUGCCAAUCGCAUCAAGAAGAUCGAGAACAUCGGUCAUCUGACAGAGCUCCAGGAGUUCUGGAUGAACGAUAACCAGAUAGAGAACUGGGCUGACCUUGACGAGCUGCAAAAUGCCAAACACCUGGAGACGGUGUAUCUGGAGAGGAAUCCCCUUCAGAAGGACCCACAGUACCGCCGCAAGAUCAUGCUGGCAUUGCCCAGUGUGCGGCAGAUCGAUGCAACUUUCAUCCGCUUCUGAUUGGUCCUGCCUGUGAUUCUCCACAAGACCCUGGCCAUCUCAUCAUCAGUCUCACUCUUGCACACGUAUACGUGCAAAUACACAGUCAUGCAUAUAUUUGUACAUGUACAGUUAUUCUACCUAUACCAAUGAAGUCAGUUAUGUGGACUCUUGCUGGAAGGUGUGAAUAAUCACCCAAGAGCUUGAUGAUUUGGUUUGUGCAUGUCAUUGUCCCACACCCCCAUCACAUGCAGACGACUAUAGCCUCUUACAGGAAGCAGUGCAUUCUGGGAGUUUGGUAACAAUCUAACAGCAAUAGAAGAGCAGGACCUUGUGGUUCUCAGUCUGAGACUAAGGCAAGUGACACACCCUAAUCUUUAACUUGUAACCCCUGUACCUUAGAACCAUCUGCAGCUCUUGUCAUGCACACAGAUUCUCCCCUUCUUGUCUUUUCAAUUGUGAGGGAAUCUGACUAACUAAACAAAGUUUAUUGCAGGAUCUCUGACAGGUCCCAUAAUUUUGGGGGGCAAAUCCUUCACAGUAAGAUUUUCCUAUUUAAAACAAUAAUAAUCUCCAGUGUUUUUAAAGAAUAAACAUGCAAGAACGAUUUCCUUCCAUGCAGACUGCAUUUGUUUCCAUUUAGGCUGUGUUGGUUGGUCUUGCACUAGCAUGUUGUCUGGUAUGGUUGCAUUUCUCUGGUGCUCUGGUUGAGGUUGUGGGGGUGCUAGGGAGGGGGCAGAGGCCCACAUCAGCCCACAUCAGCACAGGAGAUUGCUCAGAGUACUGGGCUCUGUCCCUGAAGCAAGUCACACACUGCUAGUGUUUCAUAAAUAGUUAAGAGGGUCUUCAGAAAUCAUUUGCUUUUUUGCUUAAUGUUUUUCAAGUGCUUGGUUGACUGUUUUAAACUGAAUGUAUCAUAAAAUAUAAAAUAAAAUUGGGUAAAAAAAGUA